UUUAAAUGUCUGUAACAUCUGUGUAUCACGACUUUGGGAGUUAUUGACUUUAAUUAUCUGUGAAUUAACAGCUGUUAUAAUCUGUUUGUGAAUCAUGGGAUAUCUAUGAUGUCAUUGUCGUAGUCCUGUGUUGCAUUGCAGAUAUCGGAACUAAUACUUCGAAAGUGCUUAUGCUGUUGUGUUGAUAUAAAUUGAUUUUGUUAUGAAAUUUUGUGUGGCUAGUGAAUAAAUAUGGUGAAACACGUUAACAGUGACCAUCCAAGUGUAGUUCAUCCACCACGCUACUUACAUGAACUGCCCCAGGAAGACGAGGAAAGACUAGAAAAUCUAUUUAAGUCUCUAGAUGUGGAUGGAAACGGAAAAAUAGAUAUACAUGACCUUUCAGUAGCCCUUAGAGAAUUCGGAGUCAAUCAGUCGUAUGCCAAGGUCAUUAGUCCUUUGCAGCCGAAUGUCAGACAGGAGUCAACACGGCAACGGCGUGAUAUCACUGGACAACAAAAGAAAUUUCUUGAACACUCUGAUCAAAAUAAAAGUGGAGAUAUUAGUAUAGGAGAAUUCAUUCACUAUGUGAAGGAGCAUGAAAAGAAUCUGCGGUUACAGUUUUCUCACUUGGAUAAAAAUAAGGAUGGUAUGAUUGAUGUUGAAGAACUGAUUAAAGCAUUUAAAGACCUUGGUGUGGAAGUAGAUAAAAAUGAAGCUAUGAAACUACUUCAGAGAAUGGAUCAAGAUGGAAGUUUGGCCAUUAGCUUUGAUGAGUGGCGUGACUUUCUUCUUUAUGCACCUAGCACCGACAUCAUUGAAAUAAUCAAAUAUUGGAGACAUUCAACGUACCUGGACAUCGGAGAAGACUUGAAUGUACCAGAUGAUUUUACACCGUCGGAGAUUGCGUCUGGUCAGUGGUGGAGACAUCUUCUUGCUGGAGGUAUUGCUGGAGCUGUUUCUAGGACGUGCACUGCCCCACUGGAUAGAUUAAAAGUGUACCUACAGGUGCAUGGAACAAAGCAGCUUGGAGUGAAGGACUGCUUAAAACACAUGCUACAGGAAGGUGGUAUUUGGAGUCUGUGGAGAGGAAAUGGAAUAAAUGUAAUGAAAAUUGCUCCAGAAUCUGCUAUAAAGUUCAUGGCUUAUGAGCAGGCUAAGAAGAUAAUCAGAGGAAAUAAUACAAGGGAAGUGACGAUCUAUGAACGUUUUGUAGCUGGAUCUCUUGCCGGUGGGAUAAGCCAGACUAUAAUUUAUCCUCUUGAGGUCAUGAAGACAAGGUUAGCGCUGCGAAAAACUGGUGAAUUUAAUAGUAUUGUUGAUGCUGCUAAGAAAAUGUACAGAAAAGGGGGUUGGCAGACGUUUUAUCGUGGUUAUGUCCCCAACCUCUUGGGCAUCAUUCCGUAUGCUGGAAUAGAUCUCGCUGUUUAUGAGACUACCAAGAAUUCGUAUUUGAGACAGCACAGUGGUGAACCUCCAAGUGUCCUGUUGCUGCUAGCUUGUGGAACAGCAUCAAGUACUUGUGGCCAAGUCUGCAGCUAUCCAUUGGCUCUCGUAAGAACAAGACUACAAGCCCAAGUAGUCACAAGCGUCGGACAACCCCAGGAAAUGUGUAGUAUGAUGGGAACCAUACGAAACAUCAUUCAAAGGGACGGUCCAUUGGGCCUAUAUCGAGGAAUCACCCCAAAUUUUCUAAAGGUGGCGCCUGCUGUCAGUAUCAGCUAUGUGGUUUACGAAAGAUGCCGUCAGACUUUGGGUGUGAAUAUGACAUGAUGGUGGGGUCCCUCUAGUAGAGGUUUGCCUCCAAACACGGCCAGCUGCCCAGCGGGACAGAGGUGUGUCUUUUGUGCCGCUUGCUAUUUAUUCAACAUAAAGAAGAAAGAUGAGUGGAACUUGGGACUGUUACACAUAAAAUUCAAUAAGAAACAUAAUAUAUUCCAUUACACAAUGUUACUAACUUUAUGGACUUACGUGAUUUUUCUCGAGGAGCAUGAAAGUGUUAGGAAGAGCUGUAUUUUUACAUUUCUUGGUUUAAGAUUAUUGUUAACUCUUUUCAGGAUGGACUAGAAUUCAGUACAUCUGUAAUGCUACAUAGUGCUUGAUAUGCUUGUUACAUUGAAUAUUGCUGCAGAAGUUGUGCUUUUCUCUUUCUGUAAUGCAUGUUUACUUAAUGUCUUCAUUUGCUUUUGUAACAGCCUUCAGUGUAAUGGAUGACACAGAUUUAUUAUGUUAGUAAAAUUUAAAUUGAAAACCUUCCGUUACAAAUCCUAGUAAAUAAUCAUAAUGAAAAUAAUGAAGAAACAGCAGUUAGAACCUGCUGUCACCUACCUAUGGAGAGAAGCUCUAUUCAACAAAGUUUGCAAGCUGUACUGUAUUGUAAUUUUCGAAAGGCGGCGUUAAAAGCUGUUAACGAGAUAAAUGUUUACCAAUAGAAAACUAUUGUGUAAGAUGAUAAUGUUUAUGUAAUCAAUCACUGAAUUCUUUUUUUAAAAAAACUACAGUGAGUAUUUACAAUAAAUAACCUUGCAGUAUUGUAAUGGAAAUGCCAUUUCUACAAUAAACAAUACUUUCCAAGGAGGUGGUGAUGUGAAAUAAAUGUGAACAAAAAUAAUACGAAAA